UCUUUCAUAGAAUCCAAGUGAUUUAGCUUAUGCCACGUUGGGUAGCUUUGUAUUCAUCCAUCCAUCCAUCUAUCUAAUUACUCAUUGGACAUAUACAGAUAUUUAUUUAUUUAUUUGACGCAUAAAAUGUUUUUUCCCCCAAACAGAAUCGAACCAGCUGCGGUGUUAAAACACACCACUGUCUGUUUUUAAUAAAUCUGCGUGAACAUUUGGUAUUGCUUGACCCUGGUCUAUACUUUUAUAUAUUCUCAGUAACUGUUAUAAAUCGUAAUGGAUAAUCGCAAUCCUCGUUAAACAGUGUCAUUCACAUGAAAAAAAAAGGAGAAGAGAAGAAAAUCCUGCUUUUGAGAAGCUUUUUAACCACUACAGCACCGACCUCCUGUUCACAAAAGCCUGGACAAGAGAAAAGGUUUCGGUACCAGCAAAUGGUUAACUGCUUUUCAAAAGUUUUUCCCCCUCAGUGUGUUUGGUGGGCUGUACGUUAGAUUCCAUACACGCGCGCGCACACACACACACACACACACACACACACACACACUCUGUGCACAGCCCUUGGUUUUUGAUGCUAGGAAGAUGAUGUUUGACUGUGCAUUUUUGUUGUAAGUCCAUGAACACGUUUGUUGUGGAUAAAUGGAAUAGUUUUGAGGGAAACACAGAGAAUGGAGAGAUUGGACACGUGUGAUCCGUACAGCCGCCCGGCGCGCAGGACACAAUGGAUAGUGAGCACACUGGCUUACCAUUACGGAUUGGACCGCGGCGUGGAGAAUGAGAUCAUAGUCCUCGCUACUGGUCUGGAUCAGUACCUGCAGGAGAUUUUUCACCACCUGGACUGCCAGGGCGACGGCAAAAUCCCUGCCGAGGAUUUCCAGAUCUUGUGUGAAAUCCUAGGGCUGAAUAAAGAGAUCGAGGCGGAGGAGUGCGCGGGCAUUUUGGACAGUUUGCCGAGUGAGUUUACCUUCCGCCAAUUCCACGCCAAACUGUGCGGCUACUUUAGCACCAAGGCGGGCUGCCACUACGCAGAAGGGCGGCUGCUGGUGGGCAGAGAGAGCGAGCACAUUGAGACGCAGAUCCGCCUCCGGAGCCCGCUGAGACGCAGGGAGAAGCUGUUGAGUUCGGGCUCCGGGAGGCGCACCAGGGCCUCCACACCUGCAUCUGAUCAGCACAAUUCAGGAUGCAGACAAGGCUCGUGUACACGCGAGUGUUAUGAGGACAUUGUGGCUUUGGAGGAAGCAGAGGACAGGAUAGCCAAGCUGGAGGAGGAAAACGCAAGUCUUCGGGAAUUGGUGGAGGACAUGCGAGCUGCUCUUCAGAGCUGUGAUGCACGCUCUUUGGCAUUGCAAGUUGGACUGUGGAAGAGUCAUGUGAAACACAGGCCAGACAGUGGCUGCUUUAUUGCCCAUCAUAAGUGUAUGACUCAGAAACCGACUACUCAGGGCAGUAUGAAAAGACUUAAAGACUUUUUAACAGAGACUGAAGUAACUCUGAAUUCUGAGCAGGUUGAGGAUGUCCUGCUUCUAAACAAGAAGCAGGAGCAAGAGUUGCGUGUUUCUAGGGAGUCUGUGUUGUUGCUUGAGGAGUGCAACAGAACCCUGAAGAAGGAGCAGGUGGAGAUGAGGAAGAAAGUGGAGGAAGCCAGGGAGGCUCUGCUGAGUGGUUUGAGCAAAGUAAAAGAGCUGGAAACCAAAGCUAGCCAUGUGCCUGUCCUGCAAAGACACGUGCAGCAGCUGGAAAUGGAACUUCUGUAUUACAGGGCUGAGGUCCCCAAAGUGCCCGUGUCUAAAGUGUUCAGCAGCACAGAAGAGCUGCAGUACAGGGGCAACAUGCGCCAGAGCAGCCGAUGUUGUCUGGAUACACAGCGAGACCGUGGCUCUCCAACAGGCCAUGCAGAGACCAAUCACGACAACAUGGAGGAGCAGCUCUUCCGCUCAGUGGAGGGUCAGGCAGCAUCAGAUGAAGAGGAGGAGAGGUGGACAGGAGAGCAGCAGAGACAAGUGGAUGAGGUGAAGAAGAUUCUUACCAGGCUUUCCUGCUGUGGAGACAGGUGUGAUGAGAGAGCUUUAAAGAAGCUGCUGUCUCACUGGGGUGAAUCGUGGGCGGAGGAAAGCCACACUGCAGUUCUGCAGCUGUUGGAACGAGUGACUCGUCUCCACAAACAGCUGGAGAUGAGAGAGAGCCAGGGCUGGAAAUCUGAGACUGACUCUGAGCAGGUCAAGGACUCAUUAGUGCAGGAGCUACAGCAGAAAGCUGAGGAGACAGAGCUCCUCCAGAGAGAACUGCAGAUGCUGGAGACGGAGAGGGUGCGCCUGUCAUUGGUUGAGGAAAAGCUUAUGGAUGUGCUGCAGCUCCUCCAGCAGCUCAGAGAUCUGAAUGUGUCGAGGAGAUCCCUUGGGAAGAUCUUGCUGAGUACGCUGGAGUCUUGCAGUGAUCCCCAUCAUGGAAAGGCUCAUAUUCUGGAGGUGCUAAAUGCUCUUUGUCAUGAACUGGCUGCAUGUGAGAUACUCUCGAGUAGUGGCACAUCAGAGAAUCCGCAGAGUCACUCAUCUCUCACAAACUCACUUCUCAUCUCCUGCUGAACAGCUGGCCAAGCCAUGAAAAAUUACUUUGUGCAGAAAUGUAUUGUCUGAUUCUUUUCCUCUGUGUUGUUUAGUCUUUUGUAAUUAAUUGUUUAUAUUUCUGUGUUUAAAGUUUGUCCUCUCGCUGUA